AAAUGGGAAAACUUUAAGCAUGGUCAAAACUCGGUUUACUUUUGCGGAAAUGAUGAAUAUCCUACUUUUGUAAACACUGUUUCGUUUAUUUUACUCACCGUGGAGAAAAUCUUACAUAAUCCGAUCAAGCACAAACAGAUGAGUUUGAUUAGCACUACCAAUGGUCUAUAAAACUUCGUGAACAAGGAUGGUCGAAGUGAUUGAUGAAAACUAUACGAAUACGAAGAUCUAUAAAUGAGAACAAUGUUGCUUUUUCUGCUGGAUUAUAUUUGAAAUUUGAAUAUUGUUUUCUGGCAAAUGCCUGACCCGCCUAACGAGCUGAGAUGAUGGUACAAUGACUAAGAAAUGUUUCUUUUUAGGAUAAGUGCGCUGCCAUCGUCAUCGAAGUCGGCAGGCAAGAGAAAGAGAAUUACCCAACCUUCAUCGAGUGUAAGGAAUAGAAAAUGUGUUUCCUUUUUAACGUGGAAAUGAGGAAGAGCUACGUAGCACAGAGCUAGACAAGCACGAUGGCAUAUCCAUUCGACCAUGAAAUCAGUGCUUCAUCGGUGGUUGGUGCCCGAGCUGUAAGUCUUCAUCAAUCGAGUGUCAAGGAACAACGCAAACUUGAGGAUAAUCUUCAAUCAUUGUCCAAAGAAAUGCGAUCACGCAUGAACCAACUAGACUCGGAGACGAGUGAAAUGCGUCGUCACGCCGUCCGGAUGUUUGAUUCCGUACGACGAAAAGAACACCAGAGAAUGACGCAGUCGCGUCAAGAAAUAGCCAACCUACACUCAUCGGGAAGUUCAGAUGAUAUAGCCAGUCUCUUCUCGGGACCUUCUUCGCGAGCAAAUUCCGCUGGACGUUUGAAAACGGCGCAGUUACCGCGUCGCCCAAGUAAAUCAAGCGAUGGGGCGCCGUCACAGAUAUCACUUAGCCGGUGCUACUCAUCACCAGCGUCCAUUGAUAAAGUCGGUCCAACUUUAGAUGUGGAGCUCGCAACAGAACCGAAAGGUGAUUUCAGUGAUGAGAGUAUUGCCGCAGACGCAGCUUCCAUUCCAGUUACAGACCUGCCAAACUUCUGCACCGGACGAGAACUUGGAAUGAUUGGGGAAAUGGUGACCAAUGAAGAUGUGAACGAGAGCAACGACAACACUGUCUUGGACCAUAAACCAAACCACUCAAAAGUUGAGUCGUCACCACUUUUACUUAGAAGGCAUUCGCAGACUAAUUUGAACCUGAGGUCGACAUCGAAUAUAGGGGACGAGCGUGCAAAACUAAUGACCAGACGUCGACGCACUUCGGACAUCGUUAAACCUGUGACCACUGCAGCUGGAGUGAAACCUUCCAGACGACAUAGCUCUCACGAGCCUGCUUUCUUGACAAAUACAGCGGGAACUCGUAGCAACCAAGAGCUUUUACUACAUCGUACAUCAUCAGUUAACUUGCCUCCUCUACGACACCCAUCAUACACUGGACGUCGUAGUGUCCAUUCUGACAGUCAAAUCAUGUCCCCACCUUUGUCUCCGAACGACUCACCGCGCAGCGUCGUCGGUGCUCGUCACAACCAAAAUGCGUCAUUUCGACGCGCAUCUCACACCGAAUCCUCUCCGUGUAUCAUGAAACAAACCUUUGCCUCGACACCUAGGCGGAGCGUGUCACAAGUAGUUGGUGAGCUGGUACACAUCGAGGAAAUCCGACGUCAUUCCAGAGGUACUUCCUUGCAGGAUGGUGUUCGCAAAGCUCGAGGAGCGUUGCAAAGCAAAUCAUUCCCGUUCAACAGCACACAAAGGGCUGAUGUUGCUUGUACGUCCAUGUCCAAGACACAAUCCCUGGGGGAUAUAUUUGAUGAACUUAAAGACUGCCGAUAUUUACGGAUCUCAAACCAAGACUCUACUGCUUAAUGAUAAAGAUAUAGACUGUGUUCCUCAGGAAUCCAUAAAGCUCAAAGAUUUAAUCAAUUAGAUUGAAAAAAAUAUAUACAAAGACUACAAGGAAUGACGUGGCCUCACAUGCCAUGAUCAUAUGAUGAUUAUGCCUUUUUCGUUCCUUUAAACGACAGAGGAUUAUUCUUUAGUUUUAGCGCUGUUUUGUUAAGGCCUACAUUAUUACAUGAUUAAUAAAUCCACUUUUAUAUGUAAUGCCUAGUUAAUCACUCCACUGGCCGUACGCAGCGAAGGGGGCGGAUGCCUUCAAAAAUAUUUCAUUUUACUGUACAUUUUCACAAAAUUCACCAAAAGUGUGUAAGAAAUCCUUCAAUAUCACUUUACAAAGUGCAGAAGAGUCUCAUAACAAGCUUGGUCCUUUCGCUUUCAAGUUUCUUAGAUUUUCUAAAUGCUCCUUUUCACCCCACCCUCGGAAAUGAAAUGAUUUUCACACCGAGGUUUUUUACCUGACUGCUAAGAAAGCACGAAUGCCUGUGAGCAAGCAACAAGGGGACCAACGGCUUAAAGUCCUUCUUUGUACGGCCAUGUACGAUCACUCAUGUAUGUUCAAAUCAUCUUUCUAAAUAGCAGAUCUGGGGGCCCGUUGCAGAAAAAAGUUGCGUUUAAACGCAAGGCAAAAAUCAAUCGCAAGUUCCAAAUGCGCGCCUUUGAUUGGUUGAUAAUCAAGUUCCGCCUGAUUUUUGGAGUUGCGAUUGACUGCAACUCUUUCUGCAACGGGCCCCUGAUGUAUUCUCUGAGGGAGGAGAAGGUUUGGUGGCUCAGCUAAAAAGAUGACGAUUAGGAGACAUGAGGGACCUGAUGAGAAAGUAAUUAGGCCUACCUUGUACCAAACACUCCCCCAUCA